GGUGCCUAUAAAUUCAGGAGCUUCUUCGUCACUGAAACAGUGAGCACACAGCAUGACUUGAAGACACUAAAGGGACUUACUACUACUAGGAUUCUAUAUUCCUUGCACUGUGCUGGAUUAUCCCUUUAAAACAUUUAAGUGAGUGGUGGUAUGCUGGCUGGCUCACUUCAAAUAGAGUUUAUGGCCAAAGGCAUUUCCACAACAGAACCAUUUCCAAACACUAGUGUUCUUCUCGAGAAAACUUGAAACUCUUCUUUUACAGCAGGUGUAGAAAUGGUUGGCACGAAACCCAAAGACAUGGUGCCCUCUGCCGCAGUCAAGUUCUUCGGAGCAGGCACUGCGGCCUGCAUUGCUGACCUCGUCACCUUUCCACUGGAUACUGCCAAAGUCAGGCUACAGAUUCAGGGGGAGGCUGUUAAAGCUGAAGGGGCCAGCACAGUGAAGUAUCGUGGAGUGUUUGGCACCAUCACCACCAUGGUGCGCACAGAAGGGCCCAGGAGUCUUUACAAUGGACUGGUGGCAGGACUCCAGAGGCAGAUGAGCUUCGCCUCUGUUCGAAUUGGUCUUUAUGACUCCAUGAAGCAAUUCUACACACGAGGCACCGAGAGUGCUGGGAUUGUUACUCGGCUCAUGGCGGGCUGCACCACAGGAGCCAUGGCUGUAGCUUUUGCACAACCAACAGAUGUGGUGAAGGUGCGUUUCCAAGCCCAGGUGCGACUCGCUGAUGGUGGGAGGAGAUACAACGGCACCCUGGAUGCCUACAGGACGAUUGCACGAGAUGAGGGAUUAAGGGGCCUUUGGAAAGGCUGCAUGCCCAACAUCACCCGUAAUGCCAUUGUAAACUGUGCAGAGCUGGUGACCUAUGACAUGAUCAAAGAACUCAUCCUGAAGUAUGACCUAAUGACAGACAACCUGCCGUGCCACUUCACAGCAGCCUUUGGUGCAGGCUUCUGCACAACAGUUGUGGCUUCUCCUGUGGAUGUAGUAAAAACACGGUUCAUGAACUCAGGUGCUGGUCAGUACAGCAGUGCGAUCAACUGUGCCUUCACCAUGCUGACAAAUGAAGGACACUCAGCGUUCUAUAAAGGGUUCAUGCCUUCUUUCUUGCGACUGGGGUCCUGGAACAUUGUGAUGUUUGUGACAUAUGAACAAAUUAAGCGGGGUAUGACCAGGGCACAACAGUACUGGGAGUCUCCAUUUUGAUCUCCGCUCGCCAGACGCAAUGCACUCGCCUUCACCAUGAUGCAGUGGUGACUUGUAUUUGGAAAAGCAGAGGUCCAAGUGGAGGUGCAACAGAGCUUCAAAUGAUUUCGGGGUCAGAGAUGGACUUCAUGUGGUUGGGUGACUCUGUGGGCAUUGUUAUAAUAGCAGAACGAUUUAAUGAUUCAAGUUUAAAGACACUGUGCAUUGUAAUGGUGAGCGCCUCCAUUACAAAAGAUAUUUAUUCAGGUGUAGAAGGCGGAUGUGAAAGGCUAAUUCCAUGAGGUUAUGGUUGAUCUUGUUUUCACAUAGAUACUGAAGCCUUGUUCAGCUGGCUGUUCACUUUGAAGGUGGAGUUUCAUGUUUACAAGAAGGAACUGGAAGCUCGUAUGAAUAAUGUUACAGGCAGGUUAGGGAAGAUUUUCCAUGAAAGCAAUGGACAGACUGAAUCUGGCACCACAGACCUAAACUGUGAUCACUUUAUGUCCCUUACUUUGUCUUCUGUAUUGUAGAUUGUUUACAAUGUUUACCAUUAUUUGUGGUGCAUGUGGUCAGUGUUUUUAUAGGUUUAUCUACAGUAUGUGCUGCUUAUUGUAAAUAGCAUGUUUAUUGCUGGUCAAUAAUUCAUAUGAAUAGAAUGGAAGAUGUUGUAGAUAAUGAUAAAUAAUGCUAAAAUGAAUUAAUAAAAUGCCACUUUUUAAAAUCUGAA